UCUCUCCGCUGGGAUUCGGGAACUUUGUGAUCGGGAGUAUCGUUUUGCAUUUAGUUUGAAAUCGGACAGAAUCUAAUAAACUGACGCAUGCUCCAUCGCAAGUAUUGGAACUUCUGAAGUGGGCAGAGAUUACCAGCGGGCGGGAUGGGAAGGGUGUGAGGACCAUCUUCAUUACCUCAGCGGGGUGACAGAAGAAAAAAACAGAACGAGAGAGAGAGAGAGGACAGGAAGAAAGGAGACGGAGAAAGGCACUGUCUCUCGCAGUGGGCAUGGCGGGUGACACCAGCACGCUGUCGUGGCGCUUGCCGAGCCCCGGCUACGAUGGCAUGGACCGGAGCCCCGAAUUCAACUUCACGGGGGACGGCGGGGCUGUGAAGAUCCUAAAGGUCUGCUUCUCCAGUGGCAACAACUUUGGACGCAACUUCAAGCUCGUCAAGUGCGACAGCUCCUGGCAGAUACGGGCCAUCAUCAAGUCCAUCCUCAUCAGUGGGCGUCUGGGCCCUAACGUGCAGAACGUGGGCUGCUACGGGCUGCGUCUCAAACACAUCAAGUCUGAGGAGCUCCACUGGCUGCACCCGGACCUGACCAUAGGAGAGGUGGAGCACAAGUACGAGAGCCACCACAUCGAGGCCGAGUGGAGGUACGACUUGAGGAUUCGUUACAUCCCAGCUAAUUUCUUGGUAAUGUUUAAAGAGGACAGGUCUUCACUGCUGUAUCUGUAUCACCAGGUGCGGUAUGACUACAUGCAGUACCAUGCCAGCAGAGUGAGUGAGGGCAUGGCCCUUCAGUUAGGAUGCCUGGAGAUCAGGAGGUUUUACAAAGACAUGAAUGCCAAAGGUCUUGAGAAAAAGUCAAAUUUUGAGUUGCUAGAGAAGGAAGUGGGCCUGGACUUAUUCUUCCCCAAACAGCUUAUUGAGGGCAUGAAGUCUCGUCAGUUGAGGAAGCUGAUCCAGCAAACCUUUCAGCAGUACGCCAACCUGAAGGAGGAGGAGUGCAUGAUCAGGUUCUUCCAGACCUUCCAUGACUUUUUCAGCUUUACAGAGGAGGUUUACCCAUGUGAACUAGUGCAAGGCUGGAGCUUGUCAGUUGACUUGGUUAUUGGCGCUAAAGGCAUCUGUCAACGCUCACAAGCUGAAGCAGCGCCUAUAUGCCUUGCAGAGUUUCAGCAAAUAAGGAGUCUCAAGUGCGCCAUGCACAGCGAUGGCAAGGCGUUGCUGACUGUGGACAUAGAGGGAGCCAGGCAGCCUCUGUCUAUUAACGUAGCCUCGAUGGCCAUGGCGGAAAACAUGGCGGAUCUCAUAGAUGGAUACUGUCGCUUGGUCAACAAUGUAGACAUCUCCCUAAUACUGAGGUCAAACAAAGGUCCAGAAAGUCGCCCCUCUCUUCCAGAAAUACCUACAGGACCACAGACAAACUCUUUCAGAUACAGCAAAGGUUCUGACAUAUACUGUGAAAUACUUGAUGAAAGGGAGACACCUUCUGCCACAAAGUAUGGGCUGUCCAGGAAUGACGUGGUGCUGGGGCGGAUCCUCGGUGAGGGCUUCUUUGGGGAGGUCCAUGAAGGAGUUUUCAAGCACCCAAGCGGAGACAGGAUUAGCGUAGCUGUGAAGACCUGCAAAGACUGCUCUCCGGACGUCAUGGAAAAGUUCCUGAGCGAAGCAGGGAUCAUGAAGAACCUGGACCAUCCAAACAUAGUGCGUCUGAUCGGGAUCAUUGAGGAGGACCCAGUCUGGAUAGUGAUGGAGCUUUACCCGUUUGGAGAGCUGGGUAACUACCUGACGGAGCACCAGGCCACCCUGACCAACCUGACGCUGCUCCUCUUCAGCCUGCAGGUGGCCAAGGCCAUGGCUUACCUGGAGGGGCUCAAAAUGGUGCACAGAGACAUCGCUGUGAGGAACGUGCUCGUUGCCUCUCAUGACUGCGUCAAGCUGGGAGAUUUCGGCCUCUCCAGAUACAUCGAAGAGGAAGAAGAAUACUAUAAAGCAUCUAUAAGCAGGCUUCCUAUCAAAUGGAUGGCUCCUGAGUCUAUUAACUUCCGGAGGUUCACCUCGUCCAGUGAUGUCUGGAUGUUUGCCGUGUGUGCGUGGGAGAUCAUGAGCCGCGGGCAGCAGCCCUUCUUCUGGCUGGAGAACCACGCGGUCAUCAACCAGCUGGAGCAGGGCAUCCGGCUGCCCAAGCCCGAGCAGUGCCCGCCAGCCCUCUACUCCCUCAUGACCCGCUGCUGGAGCUACGACCCCCAGGAGAGGCCCUCCUUCACUGAGCUCGUCUGCAAGAUCAGUGACGUGCACAAGAUGGAGAAGGAGACGGAAGGGGAGAGGGAUCGGGAACGAGCACGUGCCACCCGCUUCCUCGAACCCAAGUUCACCUUCAAUGAGCCACCGCCCAAGCCCACAAGAAUGAACGCUGGACGCUUUGGAAACACUCUCAGCAUUGGCCUACACAUCCAGCUGAAUGAGGCUCUGUGUGCUAGUUCUCCUGACCUGGCGAGCCCGUGUGACUACCAGUCCCCCAUUGACUCCACCAAUAGACUGAUGUUGCCUGAGGUGGCCUCUCCACGACGUCGCAGUAUGGGGGAGAGGGACUUUGCCAUGUCUCCACCCAGCAAGGAGGACGCCCAGCGCAUGUGGCAGACGGAGAAGAUGCGCAUGAAGGAGACCAUGCAGAGGCAGAAACAGGAGAUGCAGGAGGACAGCGCAUGGCUGGAGAAGAAGGAGAAACUACUGGACCCUGUUACAUAUCAAGAUCCUUUGUCACCAGACUACAUGCCAGAAUAUGCCGAGCUGCAGAAACCUCCACCUGACAAACCACCUAGAAUCUCAGUGCAGCCUGCCCCCACAGCGGAGUUGGACCGGUCUGACGAUAAGGUCUAUCAGUCCGUCAUGGAGCUGGUGAAGGUGGUCGUGCAGCUGAAAAACGACAUCACCACAACGGCCUCCACGGAGUACAUCACCAUGGUUAAGAAUGUGGGUUUGGCCUUGCGGAAGCUGAUUCAUAAUGUGGAUGAACUGCUGCCUACGCUACACGAAUCCAAGAGGACAGAGAUCGAGGGCACCCAGAAGCUGCUGAACAAGGACAUGGCGGAGCUGAUCAGCAAGAUGCGUCUGGCGCAGCAGAACGCCAUCACCUCGCUCAAGGAGGAGUGCAAGAAGCAGAUGCUGGCGGCGGCCCACACGCUGGCCAUGGACACCAAGAACAUGCUGGACGCCGUGGACCAGGCCCGCGUGCGCUCCAACCUAGCCAAGCCCGCCACACCGCCCUCCGACACCAAGGCAGAGACUGGCACCGAGGCUGGCGCCGAGACUGGCACAGAGACUGGCACUGAGGAGUAGCUGGAGAUUCGCAAAGCAAAAUGCAAAAAAAGUGUUAAUUCAACACUUGUUAAUUCACCAAUUUCUGACUACCUUUGACCAGACUGGAAUUUUUGACGUUGGAGUAACAAGUCCGACAGGCAGACAAAGAUGCGUCCGUCUAUCUAUGCACUCUGCUGCCUUGUGGACACAGGAGGAAAUUACAAUUAGAGAGACUACAAUUUCAGACAGACAGACCGACGGACAGACAUACCCUCUUAUAAAGAUUCUGGGACGCAUCUAAAAAAUAUGACGUGCACCUCAAGACGCCCCCUUGUGGCAGCAUAACUUCAUUGACGGUUAGGUUUAGGGACAGGUCUAGGUUUAGGUCACAUAGUCAACAUGCGAUGUGGAAGGUCUGGUCAAAUGUAGUCAGAAAUUGACGACUUGGGGUGAGACACUUACAGUAGAGCAUACUUUGGGACCAAAUGCACUCUAGAACAGUGGUUCCCAACCUUUUUCUUCAGGGACCCAUAUUUUUACUAUUGUAAGCUUUGUUGACCCGCGCGAGCGCCCGCACGAGAGGGAGUCACAUGAAAACCCAUUUUAGUUAUCAUUUUAUUCCUCAAUUCGUCUUCGGUCAAAUAUAGGCCUAGAAUAAAUGUUUAAUGUAGUACUUACAUUUUGUUGCCUCCAUGCAUAUAUUGGUUAAAUGCUUUGCCAUGUAUUCAACAUGGGCUAUAUAUGGUAUUAAAAUUAAACACCUUAACAUCAAGAGGGCUUCGCGACCCUCUGUUGAUCUUUGGCGACCCAAAAGUUGGGUCCCAACCCAUAGGUUGAGAACCAUUGCUCUAGCAGAUGUUAAAUCAACUCUCGGAGUGUUGAAUUACAGACUCAGUUGAAUAGGGUGCCGAGGCCUACCCAGGGAAGUGAGUGUGACACAGCUUGGUUGGCAGAGAGGGUGGUGGUAUAUGUUUGGUCCGUUUACAUACUGCCCUCAUGGUACAUUACAUUUUUCAGUGUUAAUGUCAACACUGUGGAUUGUAGUGGAUUUAACAUCUUCUAGACUGUAUUGUGCUCUCUAAGUGUUGAAUUAACACUUUUUCUACUGUGUGGUAGUCAAGACUAAUGUCUCUUCACUGUCCCGUUUCAGAGGUUGUCGCGCCGUAAUGCACGCCGUACCUCCAGUGGCAUGCUGUAAUAGACAUUGAAAGUUAACUACCAUAGUACUACAUUACUAUGACAUAACACAAGGCCUUUAAUAAUAAACUAUGACUUGGUCAUUGCCAUUCUGGUAACAGCAAAUGUAUAAUGCAGUGUCCUAAAGAACAGGUUAAAUAAUAAGUCUAUACACCUACACACCCUUUGUUUGUCUGUAGAUAUUCUGUUCUGGAUUGUUUUUAAUGGUUUUAAUGUUUUAAUGUGUACUAUUGUGUAUGGUAAAGACCAUAAACUGAUGGAGUUAUUUCCUAAUGGGUAUUGAGAAAUGACAAAUGUGUAAUUUUCAGUCUUGGAGUUGGAAUAUAAAACCUGACUGAAAGGUUAUUUCAGAUGUCAGAUAUACAUAUUGUAUAUGAGAUGUUAAUGUCAGAUGUUUGUUACACAACUUUUUGUCGGCAUGUGUCAUCAAAAAAUGUGAGAGAACCAAAGCUUUACUGGACAAAAAUGUUAGUGAAGACUAGACACUGCAAAGUCCAUCUGUUUUGUUGGACAUUCAUACACGUUUCACUGUCCUACUUUCACAGAAAUUACUUUUAUAAAAACAAUUUUAUAGUCUUCCCCCCCCGAGCAUAUUUUGCAGUGUAUUAUCCAAGUCGUGAAUUACUUUAAAUCCAACACUUGCUGUAUUGUGAAAGAAAAUUCUGCGAAUAUUUUAUGGAUGAAAAAAAUGUAUCCCAUCUGAACAAAGAUUAUAUUGUCGGAUAUUGUCUCUGCUAAAGGCCAUCCUUUCAAUUUGGGGUUAUGCAAUCAUGGCCUUGCUAUCAGCUGAACCGUGAUAUUUGGAAGGCUUGUGUGUGCGUGCGUGUGUGCAUGUUUGCGUGCGUGCGUCAGUGCAACUAGAGUCUUGAGAUAAAGAGUAGGAUAUUGGGAUGUGUGAUAGCCGUAGUGCCCUAGGGGUUAGAUAAGGACACAUAUUUCUAUUACGGCUCACAAUUCAUAACUUUUGACUUCUCAUAACCGUAGUGUGUGGAUGAGUGGGUGAGUGAGAGAGACCUGGAAAGACAGAAGGUGUUAGCAGCCAAUUACUUUUUCAUUACCAUACUGAUUGCACCAUCAAAUUCCUUGUAAAGUCAUUUUUUUAUUAUAUGUUAGCUUGUCUUGUUUUACAGCAACUUGCAGUUCACUUCGGUACAGCUGAGCUGAGUUCCAGGAUAGGUAGGGAACCCCCUUUGGCCAAAACAAAACAAAAAUAUAAAUAAAUAAAAAACUUUAAAUACAUCCAUCAAUUGUGAAAUAUUUAAAGUCCUUUGUCUCCUCCAAAUAUAAGUAUUACAAAUCAGAGAACAUCCCCUUACAUAAAGCUGACUGACCAUGCACCUCCAUUUCCCAAACUUCUACAACUGAAGACAAUGACCUGUCCUGUGUAGUUGUUAGCCAGUUAACAACUUGGGUGGUUGCCAAUGUGAAAUUGGAUUGCAAACAACAAAGUAGCUAAAGUAAUUAGCAACUAUGGUUUCGAGAAAUGCACCCCUGGUCCUGAUCUCUCCUUGUAAAAGUUGAUCAUUGACUCCUCACUUUGAGAAAGUGGAAGAGAAAUAAAGAACAAAAUCUGGAGGAGUGCAUCCCUGAAGAUGAAGAGGUCAUCAUGUCUGGUAGCAGUGGAGUUGUAGUUCAUUGUGUUUGGGUUGUCCGUCUCUGCUCUCGUAACAGUACAGGUCUGCGUUUCCCAAAAACAUUUGAGUAGUACUUACGGUAAGCCUAAGUAGUACUUAAAGUAUGAGGUGCCCCCCUAGGCUAUAUACUGUACUCUAUGUUAAAAUUAAAAGUUUACACAUACAAUAAUUUCAUAGGCUUACAUACAAUAUUUUUUCUCUCACAUGCUUAAAUGCUUGCGCAAAGUGCAUGUGUGAGGUAAAAUAGUUUCUGUAGAAACUUUUAGAGAUUAUGUGAGACUAUUUCUAAUAUAUUGCCUAAAGGGGCACCUCAUUCUUAUACUCAUACUAUUAAGGCUUAAAGGGACACUGUGCAAGAAAUGGUCAAAAAAGGUACUGUAACUAUGCUGCUCAUUGAAACUGGACUGCCUAUUGCCAAAUUUGAUCUUUACAUGAGAGUUUAC